CCCUACGUCAUGAUUUCGAUCAUUGAUCUUGUUAUUACAUAUAAAUUGGUGUUUUCUAUACUCUUUGAUACACAAAUAACUCUUUCUAAUCGUAUACGCAAAAUUCUUUAUAAUAUGACACAAAGGAAAAAACAGGUAUCAAAACUAUCGACGUCUAAGGCAACUAAUACAAAAUCUAAGGUGACAAAUACACGAGCUACUCGAAGGACAAGAAAGGCUGAAAUUUUCACUACGAAACCUGAUAAUAUUCAAGAUGAUAACAGUGAUCGAGGACAAGCUUCAACAUCCAAAAAAGAUUUCGAAGAUGUAUCCCAAGUACAAGAAAUCUCUGAUAAUGAUUAUGUAUUUGUUCAAGAUAAAGCUCUAAAUAUGCAACAAAAUGAAUCUGAUGAUGAUCUCGAAUCUACUCUUAUUUAG